CCCCCUCCACCCCGACCUUCCCUCUCUUUCUUAUUCCAUGUCCGCAUCGGCGAGCAACAUCCCGCGCACGCUCAACCGCAUCUCGUCCACCGUGUCGACCAUCCUUGCCCGCGUUGCUGCCAACUCUUCGACUGCCUCGAGCCAGCCCUUCAAGCUUAUUCCCAAGCUCCCCUCUGCCCCGCGCACUGCCACCGCCCGCCGUGGAGCAUGGCAGCCCAGCCCGGCCCAGCAGGCGGCCCAGACCAAGCAACAAAAGUAAUCCUGACCGAGCGCGUCCAGGACACGGUCAAGGCUGUCGGCGGCCUGGCGAGGCAGCUCCGCAAGGGCGCGCGGUCGGAUGAGGUGUUGGCACAAACGUUGAGUCAUUUUGCGUCGCAAGAUGCACCGAUCCAAACAACGCAACAGACGCUAGUGCGCAUGGAAAUUGUUCUCGAGUCCAUGCAAAAGCAAUGCGAUGAGUGGCUCGCUGUGCAGCAGCGAGAAUUGUUCUCCCCAGCCACUUCAACGUCUACUCCACCACCUUUGUCUCACCCGCCCGCCUCUUUCAUGUCCCCCGCCCCUAGCUCUCGCCUUCCGUCUUCAUUCUUGACCUCGUCCACUCUGUCGUCUCCUUCGGUUACUUCUCCACGCUAAAAUUACCCCCUUUUUUUUUACCCUCCUUUUGUCAUUUUUGUCCUUUCCUUUGUCUCAAUACACGAAAAAUCAUUUGUU